UAACCAAAUCACCUAAAAAUAUACUCAAAUCGACAUAAAACACACAACAAAUCGAAUAUUUUUUGUAUUAAAAAAAGUGCUACUGCCAGCCAGUCCCCCCACACCCUCAUGUUAAGAAAGUGAAAUUUCACGCACACACACACAAUAAAAGAAAAGUGAGAGAAAAGUGCAAAUAAAUAUUCAAGUGUAAAUUCUUAACACCAGUGUUUAAAUCAUAAAGCGACAAUAUUUUCAUCGUCAACAACUACAACAACAGCAACACAAUGGGUACGAAAUCGCCUGGUGGACCGCAACGUUGUCGGCUGAUAUUACAGCGCUGUCUCGCCAUACAGCUGAGCAAACCCGGUCAUACCCCGGAGGACUUUUGGAUGUACGAUUCGGGUUAUAUGAUCUUUCAGAAUUUUCUCGCCGCCAACGCGCAAUGUUGGUGGAAUGCACCACUCACCGCCGCAACACGUGCGCUCAAAUAUGCCGGUCAUGUGGCGCCCGGCAUGCUAUUGGUGACAGCCGAACCAUGCGCACUGGAAGUGCUACGCGGCGCCUAUGCGCGUAGCGUGCUGAAACCACCGGCGACUUAUGUCAUCAGCUCAGUCGGUGACAUCGAUGACUGCAUCGUAACACCGACCGUGCAAGGACAAUUUACCCCACUGCCUGAGGCGCUCUGCGAUGUCAUUAUGGACCUUACCGCAGAGGGACACUCGGCCACCAUCGAGAAUGUGCGCAUCAAACUGAGCAUACGAUUUCCGCAUAUGACACCGCCAGCCACCGAAGUUAUCUACGAUACGCUGGCACAAUUGAUGCAGGAACAGAAGAUAUAUCAAACCGCAAAGGGUUACUUCAUCUUCACACCAGAACGUCGCCGCAGCCGUUCGAGACCGCGUGCCAUGCGCAAUGGUUAUCAAGAUUUUGAAGAAACCGAUGAAAUACCUCAGGAGGCGCGCACAAUGCUUAUGACCAAUGCGGAGGCGCUUCACUCAUUGUACGGUGAAAUCUCCACAGAACGCGAUGGCGAUCUAACGCAUCAAUGCAUACAAACCAAUUUGGCCGAUGUCAUUUGCGGCGGUAAUCCAAAUGACAAAAUACUUUAUCCGCGCGCCGCCAAAAGACGUAGCGCCUCAUUCCCAACACCGCGCAGCCUGGAAAGGCGGCAUAGUCUGCGUUUAUUCGGCUCCUCAAAGCGACUGCAGCGUUGCGCGUCAACACGAAGCCUCUCAAAGACAUACGCACAAACUUUAGCCACGGACAGUAGCAGCUCGGAGUACCAAAGCACAGAUUCUUCGUCACCAAAAAAGGGAUCUUUGCUAUCGCGCCUCUUCCGACGUAGUGGACGCGCCAAACAACGUCAAAUCGAAACAUAUUCAGCCCAGUUCCCACCUGCCGAGUGGUUUAAUUCUCGUGCGGUGCAUUUACAUAGUGUUGGCACGCAAACAGCCGAUCACGACAUGCCGGUGGCGCAUACGCUCUCCAAUUCCACAUUCUACGAUGGUUCGGAGUUGAGUCAACGUUCACUGACACUGCCACGCCGACAUCGACGACACAUGUCCAGCGAUUCGACCUUCCUUAUAUCGUCGCGCGAUUGUUCGCCCAUACGUCGACGUUCGCCAGUCUACUGCAGCAGUUCACUGCCACGUUCCACACAAUCCAUACCGGCUACAGCGAGCGGUACAACGAACAUGACCAUUGCACCGACGUCAGCGACAUCAGCGACCAAAACGAAUCACUCCACCGCGACGCUGUCACGUCUCUCGGCGCCAAAUCAUACAACAACAGCAAGCGCGGUUGCCGCCGCCGUCGCAGCGAACGCACAGAAAUCUUCCUCAAAGAGUGUUAUCGGCAAGCAUAUAUUCGAACAGUCGCCAUCGCGUACCAGCGGCACCCUAAAAGCGUCGGCGACGAAACGCCAGUCAGAUAACAUAAUAAUUAACGGUUACGCCAGCAAUUUGGAUAGCGGUAAGGUGAGCUAUCGCAGCGUACAAAGCGGUCCGUCUAGUUUGGAGUCGGGCAAAGCCUCGUCCAUGCUUACCUCGGGACCGUCAAGUAUCGAUAGCGGUAAGGUGUCAUUCAGCAAAACCAGUGGUCAUUCUAGUCUUGACUCGCAGUGUUCGACCAAUACGGCGGUGGUGCAACCAAGUCCAGCCCGAUCGAUACUCGUUUUGAAUGGUUCGCCGCGCGGCACACCGCGUCAUCAGGCAAUGCGUGCACGCGCCGCCGAACAGACGCAACGGCAACGCGCCUCGACACCAUCGCGCAUACUCGAAGAAAUCACCAAUCAACAAAAGCCGACGUCGGGCCGCACCACCAGCAAUACCGGCGGACAAUCCUAUUACAACGGCAUACCGAAUUCGAAUUCGAACAACUCGAUAACACUGCAGGUGACCACCUCAAAUGGCAGUCAAAGUAGUAUACCAAGCACGAAGAUUUAUGUGCAGAACUCACCAGCGCGUAGCGUUAUAACGUUGGAGAAUGGCAAACUGAUGGAGAAUUCUAAUGUUUAUAUCAUUAAUAAUGAGACGACGACCAAUGAGAAGGGCGAGAUCAUUAAGAAGACGCUCUCGAAGCAGGAAACUGCGCCAAUGCGAAGUCAGCAGCAACAAAAGGAGCAACAGAAACGAAAUUACGCACAGACGCAUGCGCAAACGCACAGCCAAACAAAGUCAAUGCAACAACAGCAGCAGCAACAACAACAGCAGCAAUCAGCAGUUAUACAACAAAUUUACAAAGACAAUUCGAUUAGCGAGAACGAGGCGAACUCCGAAACUUGCGACUCCAUUUCGUUUAUCAGCGAAACAUCACCGGACAAUUUGGAUACGCUCAGCUCCACGGAGGUGAUCGACAACUCGAAAUUCACGAAGAAUAUCAACAACGACGCCACCAUGAAUAACAGCCGUAAGCUCUGCUUACAACUACCGCAACACGGCUCCAGCAAUAUUGUCUACAAAAACAAUGUGCUGAAAAAUGAAUCGAAUCCGAACUCACCCAGUGGCGAGAAGACGCUCGCAAUGGCAGCACUAGCAGCCAAGCAAGAUUUCGAAAUCGCCGGUUCGGUUGGUAAUUUACGCUUCUACGAAAAGAACACGAAGGACACAUCGCACGCGAAACUGAUGAAUUCGCAUUGUGAUUUGAAGAAUCUCAAUCGUUACGAGUCUUCGGGUAAUUUGCAAAAGACCGGCAAUAUACUGCAGUCGAAUCCAGCCAUCAAUAGUGACGAUCUGGCGCAUAUAUUGCAGAAGAACAUAAUUGCCGUUGGCAGCGAGCCGAAUUUAGCUUUAAAGGACAAUAACUGCAGCAACGCGAGUGACAAGUCCGUCGAGAAGGAGGCGCUCGAUCGGCGCUUCAGCUUGUCGAAAGACCCCAACGGCCCGGUCAGCGCCACAGCGACCGGCAAUGAAGACCUCUACAACUUUCCCAGUCUAACGGAUUUGUCCUUUAAUUUUACCUCAUUGGCGGCGCAAAAAAUCCUACAGGGUGUCAGCCUCAACAGCAUCGAUACGUUGGUGGAGCUGAAUAUGGCGGCCGCCGCUGCGGCGAACAAGGAGAAACAACAGAAUAAUCAACCCACGCCGGUGUGCACCGACUAUGGCAUGGUGUAGCGGCUUGAUUGAUAGGCUAAGAAAUGAAAUGCAACAAAUGAGACGCUUGUGUUGACGCGUCGAAAUGAGCUUAGAUCAAUUGAGGGUGGAGCAGUGACUUUUGGCUCGGUGGCUUUUUAGGGGGCAAUACAGAAGGCACGCAUGGUCAGUGGGAUGGCGCACAACUUCAACUAACUAAAUACUACUAAUAACUGUAUACUAAAAACAAGAAUUGAAACCGAGAAAAGAUAUUUACUACUCGCAUUUUAGAAAGCCGAAACGGAACCAGAAUAGACACUGUUCUUAGUCUCGCAGUAAUUUUUUCCAAUACCUUUGGUAAAGUGGCGUUUUUUAAGUUAAUUUGUGGGGUACUUUUCAAAUU